AGGGCGAGGCUUAUUUUGGUCGGUUCCUGCCCGUGGAUCAGCUCUCUGAUUCCCCGUAGCGAUCAGUCGGAGCGCUACAAUUGUCUGUUUGGUUAGUGUGCCGCUUUUUGAGGUUUGUUUUCGGCUCCAUGUUGAAGUUUUUUUGCAGACUACCGAAAGCCGUGUACACUCUCCUCACACAGAUACAGUGCGCACACACGCAGACUCACACGCAGACACACACGCAGAGCUCUCGCCUGAUUUGCACCAGCGCGGGUCAUUUCAGGUUAAACCCUGGCGCUGUGUCCCGUUCAGUUUAGCCGACGGAGAUCCACACUGGUUCCAGUUCAGGAGGAAUGCACAGGCACUGGGACUCCGAAUAAUAUUUGGAUACGAGCUUCGUCUUGCAUAUGCGGUGUUUCUCUCGGGGAGCUCAGCGGCUCCUCAGCGCUGCCUGGAGUCAGACUUCACCACUUCCUCUGCUAGGUAGGUUCCCAGAUGUCUGAGGAGGCUCUGAGGAUGACGUCUUCACCUUGAACCCCACCAGUAUGUCAGAGCCAGCAGAAAAUUGCUCCCCCCGCUGGAAAGAUGAGGCCAUUCAAAAUGGGUACAUUCCAAGUUACCUGGACAAGGAUGAGCUAUGUGUAGUGUGCGGGGACAAAGCCACGGGCUAUCACUAUCGCUGCAUUACCUGUGAAGGUUGCAAGGGUUUCUUCAGGCGGACGAUCCAGAAGAAUCUCAACCCAACCUACGCCUGUAAGUACGAGGGGAAAUGUGUCAUCGACAAGGUGACCAGAAACCAGUGCCAGGAAUGUCGCUUCAAGAAGUGCAUUGCGGUGGGGAUGGCAACCGACUUGGUGUUGGACAACAGCAAGAGGCUGGCCAAGCGGAAGCUAAUCGAGGAGAACCGGGAGCGCCGUCGGCGGGAGGAGCUGCAGAAGACGGUGUGGGACCGACCGGACCCCACCCAGGAGGAGUGGGACCUCAUCCGUAUGGUGACUGAGGCCCACAUGUCCACGAACGCACAGGGCAACCACUGGAAACAGAAGCGGAAAUUCCUGAGUGCAGCGGGGGUGAAGGAAACUAAGCCAGAGGAUAUUGGUCAAGCGUCCAUGGUCAAUGCACCAGAAGGAAACAAAGUGGAUAUCGAAGCCUUCAGUCAGUUUACAAAAAUUAUCACCCCUGCCAUAACCCGAGUGGUGGACUUUGCCAAAAAACUGCCUAUGUUUUGUGAGCUGCCUUGUGAAGAUCAGAUCAUCCUGUUGAAAGGCUGUUGCAUGGAGAUCAUGUCACUGCGAGCGGCUGUCCGCUAUGAUCCGGAGAGUGAGACCCUCACGCUCAACGGCGAGAUGGCAGUCACACGAGGACAGCUUAAGAACGGAGGCCUGGGCGUGGUCUCGGACGCCAUCUUCGAUCUUGGCGUGUCACUGUCCUCCUUUAACUUGGAUGACUCUGAGGUGGCUCUUCUGCAGGCCGUCAUCCUGCUUUCAUCUGAUCGGCCGGGCCUGAGUAGUGUGGAGCGAAUCGAACGCUGCCAAGAGGAGUUCCUGCUGGCCUUUGAACAUUACAUCAACUACCGCAAACACAAAGUGGCGCAUUUCUGGCCCAAGCUGCUAAUGAAGGUGACGGACCUGCGGAUGAUCGGUGCCUGCCACGCCAGCCGAUUCCUCCACAUGAAAGUGGAGUGUCCCACCGAGCUAUUCCCUCCUCUCUUCCUGGAGGUCUUCGAGGACUGACCAAUGGAUUUUAUCGUAUGUGUGUUUGCGUGCAUGUAUGUGUGUGAAUGCGUGUGUGCGCAUGCGUCAGCGCCUGGGAACCCUGGUGGUCUCAGGGGUGGAACCAGCAGAAGGCCCGUCACAAUGAACUUUCUAUUAGCACUACUGAGUGUCACUUCAUUCCAUAGUUUAGGAGUAGCUCUCUGGUCUAGUUUUGUAUGGAACCAUUCCUUACAGUGCGGGUACAUGUGAAUAGCAUUUUGUUCUUUUUUUUCUUUGGUUUGUUUUGUUGUUGUUAUUGUUGUGGAUAUAACCUCUCACCUCGGAUUUUACUCUAGGUUUUUGUUUGUGUGUUGAUGAUUGUACAGUUGGCAUAAUGGUGAUUUAUCAACACUUGUUCGUUCAUUAGAAAACAUGCAAACGAUGUAUUUUCCUUCCUUUAUGUUCAAAGACUCGAAACGGCUGCUCACUUGAUGCACAAAACAAGACAUUGUUAGCGAUCCGUUAGCCUUUCCUCCCACCUGCUCGACUUUAUCCGACCCUUCUGUUGGUUAAUAUUAACUGUCAUAAAGUCAGUCAAUCACAAGGUGUGUCUGAACUGAUCUCACCAUCACAGCAGCAGCAUCACUCACAGCUUACAAACCUGUGUGAGUCUCUGGGUAGCCUCGCAUCACAAAUCGAAAAGCUGCAUUCCUGAGAUGACAGAAAAUCUGAGUUUGAGCAACACCACAUCCAAACAACUUCUCUAACUUCCCUAACUUCUCGGAGACGCCGUUACUCGUCGUUACGUCUAAAUGGCAGCGCAGAAAUGUAAACACUACACAAAAAUACUGUCCAACCUAUUUGUAGUCCUCAGAACACACAUUACUCAGUCAAGUAUGAGCAGAACUCUGCCCGUAUGUAUUUCUGUUGUUGCUGAUGUGCUGACACUGCAGAGGACAUAUUGCUGAAUAUUGCGAACUGCAUCACUGUUGCACUAUGACGGCACAUCAGGGCCAUGGCAGAAGGACAAAAGCAUGAAUUCAAAGGGGAUGAUGUUACUUUUAUUUUUUCAUUUCAGUUAUGUUUUUGGUAUUUUGCCUGUAUGGGAGCUGAAGAGAGACGGGAAUUGUAUAGAGCGGGGGAAGACAUGCAGCAAAGGGCCGGGAGUCGAACCAGCGACCGCUGCGACAAAAUUGGGUGCACGCUUAAGAUGUGAAGCCAACUUCCCCAAAGAGGAGACUACUUUACAAGCUGCAUUUCUGAGUUUAAAAUAGGAGAUGUCUGAGGUUCUCUUGACAAAAGCAACCUGACAUCGAGGUCAGAAACAUGCAUACAAGGGUUUUACCUUGAUAUGACAAAAGCAAAUCUCCAACAUUAAGUCAGUUUAUUAAAAGAGUAACUAAAAUGAUUGGAAACAAACAAUCAAAAACACCAUCUUCAUUUUGCUUCCUGCUUUUGUUGUUUGAUUAUAAAACAAGAUCAGAGAGGAACAGAUUGGAUGAAAUUAUGUUGACAUAAAGGAACAUUUAAAUUUUUUGGGUGGUAUUUUCUAUGAUUUCAUAAAGAAUACUAAAAUUAAAAAAGAACAGCUGAUAGAUUAUCUGAAAAAUAAUCACAAGAGUCUGGUUGGCAGAUUGAUUAUGAAUCAGUGUAUUGGGUAAAAGGAUGAAUUAUGAUAUUUUAAUCAGAUUUUAUGAAACAAGUCCAUCCUCCUGAUGCAGAACAGAGGGAGCAGUUUUGUUUAUCACGGUCCUUACUUUUUUCAGUCAAAGCAAAGACAUGUAUUUGCAGUUAUUAGACCACAAAUAAACUAUUUGCAGCUGUUCAAGUAAGAUUUCAUAAAAAAUCGUUACAAUAACAUCACCCAUCAUUUUGCAGUGCUAAAGUGUAUCAAUAUCUCCUUCAAUGCCAUGCAUCACACUGCAGAUUUGACUUCUCCUAUGGCCCUGAUUCUCUGUCAUUUGCCCGUGGUUCUACCUUCUCACAGAAGUUGUAACCCAACCUGUCAGCUGAUGAUUUACAUUUCUGUCAUCCAAAGGGACGCAGCUGUAGCAUCAACAUGAGCGUCAUCAUCCCCAGAGAGCGGUCAGGACUAACUAAAGCACAUAAUGACACUGAUGUCAGGAAAAGACAAUCAUAUAGUACUCGUGUGUUGUGUAACAAUGCCACAUGCUGUGCCAAAACCAAGUGAAUGAGGCCCUCCCUGUUGUAUCCCUGCUGGGCUUUCAUAGCGAUACCAAGACUUGACUGAUUUAUGCUAGUUAGUGCAUGCAGCUCACAUCAGAGUCACCCCUCUGACUCGUGCUCUAGUCCGCGUUAGCAGCUCUUACAACAGACUGAAACGUCAUCUCACACAUCGGAAGAUUUCAAACUUCUUUUUUUUUUCCUGUUUGUUUAUUUUCACCUCCCAAAGAAACGGGAGUCUGUAUGUCGAACAGUGACGUCAUGGUGCUAUGGUGGGUUUGGGAAACGGCUGGUUGAACUGUAAUGUAAUGUUACUUGCAGUAAAAGAACAUUAUCUGUUGUAUAACAGCCCACCACCCUCUUAUGAUGGCAUGCAUAUACACUAACACACAGACAUGCACAGAUACAGAACAUACCCGUACACAUACUGUACACAUGCAAACACAUGCAUGUACCUGGAUCAGAUAUGGGUCAGACCCCACCACUGUGACCAACCGGUGGGUUUUGGCGGCUGAGUGAACUUUGGCCGGUCCAAAAAAAAAAACAGAACAGUAUGAUUCAUCAUCAGCGAGGUACACUGAGAAAGCUGGUGAGAUUGUGAAAACGUAGCGCUCUUUCCUUUCUUUUUUUUUAGCCGGUAUGUUCUCUUUUUCUGUUGUUGUUCUGAAAGCCUCUCUAUGGUAUUGUUGUUUGCAAUGUGACAGACAUUUGCUUUGUAUAUCUCGCUUUUUCAAGCUUCACACUACUCCUCAAAAAAAAAAAACAGCUUGUGUUUUAUUUCUUUUCUCUCUUUUCUGUGAAGUGAUGCCUUUUAUCAAAGCAAUAGACUUGCUGCAGUGUUUGAAUGACCCGGACCUCACACACACACCUCACAAACUGUACAGACUCAAAAUAAAUGCACAGACAAUCAGAGGGAGAGAGAUGGAUCGGGGGGGUAAAGGCACCCAGGCUCAGGCGGCCCGGUGGUUAUGUAGAGCUGGACCGUGCUGAGCCAGAGCCAUUUGGAAAAGUAACAUUGGCUAUGUUUACAUGCACCCCUGUCGUCCUGUUGAGGUUACAGUGUUAGGUUGUUUGCAGGAGCCUUUAAUACCAUGUGACUGGUCCUGCCUGUUUCUAUUGGUCAGACGAUGAACAGAGUAGUCCUCGUAGAAAGCAUACAAACUCCAAACGCUGUCCUUACACACACGUGUUUCUGUUUGAAAGAUCAAAUGACCCAAAAUAAAGCAACAAGCCGUGAGGUUAAAAACUGAGUUAUCACAGCGAAGGGUUGGCUGCACAAACACGCCCGUGUAUAACUGAUCUAGUCUUAGACUUAUCUAAAAAAAAAAACUUUGAACCAAAAGUACCAGGAACUAAACUCAGGAACUUAACAAGGACCUUAAAGGUCUCUUUGGCGCAUCUUUGUUACCUCUGCAUCUGAAGAACCCUGAAGAUCAGACCAGCAAAUUUGACCUAAAACACGCGAUGAGACGACGGUGCCAUCUACAGGUUGUCUUUUAUAGUUCUCCAAUGCAUGACUGUUAGGCUUCUCAACCACAAAUCAUACAACUAAUAUUCCUCUCUUACCUCUUUCUGAAACUUCAUGGACUUUUAGACUAGUCUCAGGAAUUUGGCUGCCUAACAUGGUUUAACCGUCACCAACAUCAAAGAGAUGCUCACACCGCGCUCAGAACUACAAAUGUUGCUCGCUCGCAGUCUGAAUGAAAGCUGUCCGGAGGUUUGUAACAUAAUACUUAGGACCAUAACUACGUACUACCUCAGGAGCAGGGACUUUUUGGAGGGUGCAAACUGCAGCCCAGGGAACCAAAACAGUGACAAAGAUAUUUUCGGUCGAAUGCAAGUAAUAAAGUUCCAGAGUUCCUGUAAAUAUUUCGGGUUCUUUCAGAGAUAAAUGGCUGAAAUGAGAUGCACAAAAUAAAAAUGGAGUUAUUUCAAAGCUGCAUUUAUUUGUUUUCUUUUAUAAAGUUGUGGCUACAUUGUAAGCAAACUGUUGCAUGUCUGUACAUGCAGCAGAAACAAGAGAGCAUUAUCUGCAAGUCAAGUUUGUGUCCAACAUUAUGAUCCUCGUUUUUAAUUCAUGUGGAUCUAAUUUAGUGAGCGGCAACUCUUAGGAGAAACAUCCAACCAUUUACCUGCUGCAUAUUUCUAUUUCUUCAACAGGAAGUUAAUAAGUUUAUCUCAAAACAGGGAGCAUAAAGACAAGAUUUAAAGCUUUUGAACCCUGAAAAUCAAUAAAAAGAAACUAAAAAGGACUUCAUAUCUUUGCAGCUCUGCAGAGUUUAGUCACAAAUGUCCUAGUUGACGACCUUGACUUUGAACAGUUGUAGCUGCAUCUACCAGCUUGGCGUGAACAAGGUCUCCAAGGCUGACUUUGCUUCGUACAACUUCUUACACUGAGUGCACCAGGCCAGCUGACAUCAGUCAUAGCUGCCCCUGGUUUUAUGAUUCACAUCCAUGUGAAGACAUGUGAAGCAGUACUUUUCAAACUCUCCCUACGAUCUGGCGUGAUGUCCUCUGAUAAAUUUUUUUCAUGUGUCCCACUGUGUCUUAAAAGGCCCCAUUUGCAUAAAACCUGAGAGCAAUUAGCACCUGCAGGGCAGGGACAGCGCUGAGGGUUGUAGUUGAGUGGAGAGCUCUUAAUUAAUACAAACAGGGCUUACAUGUGGAAAUGAAACCUUAAAAUCAGCCCACUGUCUGAGUCGACUCCCAGUGGAUGACUCUUUCUCUCUCAUCUUAAUGCCCUUUCACUAAUCAUCCUGUUGACGAGACUCAACUUCAACUACUUUCUCCGUUUCUUUUAUCUUCGAUAGUAGUCUGACUUUCCAAACGUAUGCCUGCUCCGUCAUCGGUGUAAAAGAUACUCCUAGGUUCAACACAAACAGGGCUUUAAGUCUGCAUGGUGUGCAGGGCGUAACUGGGCGCUGGGUCGGAUGUAAGCAAACGUCAAGCUGGUGCACUCGGCUCCUGUUGCUAUUAAAGACACAAGCUCUGCCUAAGUUCCUGUAUUUCAUCAGUGCACCGUCAAACAGUGCCCUCUCCAAUAUGCACAUACUUGCAUAUUGUAUGAUUUUCAACCUGUAGGUUGUCUCAGUACCAAGAUAGCAUCUAUGCACUCAUUAGAAAUAACAUCAUCAGCUUCUUCUUCGAGAAAAGAGUUGCAACCUUGCAGAGCUUUACCGCCAACAUCUCACUGCGAUCGUAACCACACCAAACAUCUGCCGGCUUGGUAGCUUUAGUCAGAUUUACAAAAUAGUUCAAAUGAAAUAGUUGUAACUUCUGUAGAGCUUUUCCCUGUUAUAUUUUAAUUGGAAACAAAACUCUAUCCAUGCAGAUGAACCGUCCAUCCAUUAAGCUUGGUAACCCAGAUAGUGACACUUGAGUGUGAGGUAUUCAGACCUCCACAUGCAACUUUUUGACUUUUAGUCCUGUCUGAGUGGCGUGAAGGCAAAUAUUCACUAAGUAUAGCAAGUGUAAUACAGAACAACAGGAACUAAGACACAGUUAAUGAUUGCUUAAGUAUUACGCUUCAUGUUCCAGAGCUAUCUGAAAAUGUCAUGAGAAUAAUCAGCACUUAAAAUUGGUUGUUUACCCCAACCCACCUCUCGUUUAAACAUCAUAUUAUUGAGUGUUUCAGUGUUCUUUCUUCUCAUGAGCUUUUGCAGAUCAUAGUUUAUUGGAUAUUCUCAAUGAUAGCUUCAUUGCCUUUGCAAAAAGGAUUACUCUUAGCAGGACCUCUCUCUUUGGAUGAUAGAUAUAGCACACUACAUGCAUCAGAUCUACAGCUAAACGGUGAAAUUGAAGAACUGUUACAUGGGUGACAACUUUAGAUAAGUCUAAGUCAAAGUGAUGAUCUCCUCGUGCAGCCAGCCCUUCGUUUCCUACAGUCAGAGUUUUAACUUUGAGGGUCAGUCACUUCUUCUACAUCCAAAAUUCCUGACAGAGACGUUUUGGCAUCGGACCCAAAACAUUUUCUAGGCCUGAGAAAGCAGAGGGUUUGUGGUGUAGCGAGUCUCUUAAUGCAUAUCAAGAUACUUAAAGCACCUUGUGCAAAAACAUGACAGUAAAAUUAGCUGUAUGAAAAUAACUGAUGAAAACUCAACUUUGCUACUUUGCCAAAAGUCAUGGCAGCAUCCCGUGACCAGGAUGUGUGCAGCUAAAACCUUUCCCCACCAUUCACCAAAAAGAUGCACAGUAACCUUAAACCUGCAUAUAAACAGUUAAGUCGAGGCAUUUGGUAGCAGAACUUACAAUACUUCAUAAGAGAAGUUAUGGCCUUCCAAGGCUGAGAUAGCCAACAUGUUAGCAACAUGCGAGCUAAGCCUAUGCACAGACCUGCAGAUGUGGAGCUACCAUUAUGUUGGAGCUUGGUUCUUGGUGACCUGAUGAAUGUAAUAUUUACCCUCCAUCAUCUUUAUUUACGUCUUAAUUUCCAAGAAUAUCGGCAUCUUACUUGCUGUAGUGUUCUCCACCAUGGUAACCAGCUAGCUACUAACUUUUUCUGUCUGCCACUGCUUCAUUUUUUGAGGGAGGGUAUCCGAUGUUUAUGCCGAAAACUGCCUGGUGGAGUGGGAUGAGUUUAAUGGGGACAGUAAAAUAGACCAAAACAUUAAAGCUGUGGCUCCUAAAACCAAAGCUAUUAGCUGAAAAAAGCUAAAAUGACCUGGAAGGAUGAAAACCUUCAAAUCAUAUCAGCUUAGGUUCAGAAAUAGCCACAAAGUUAUUAUAAAGUUCGGAUAUCCCUAUUUUUUCAUGUCAGCUAGAUUGAAUUUCAAACAAAUGUCUUUGAAUUGGUUGGUUAUUUUGUGCCUGAAUACAAACGCCCUAGGAAACUCUGUCGAAAAAGCACAGGACAUGCACCCAGGAGUUUGUAGUUUAUGCACAGUGCAAGACCAAAAGUCUAAAGACGAUUAUAUGAACUGAAAUAAGUAACCUGACAUUCACAGUGCAACAUUUCUUCCUUAUUUAUAAUCUCCCUUAGAAUUUAAAUUGAAACCACAUUUUGUGCCCUGAGUUCGGAGCCUUUUCCCACAACAGUGCAGAACAAUGGCACAAAUCACUCCCCGAGUCAUAGCCUGUUCAUCUUUGUCUUAAAUCUCACAGUAAAAUAAAUAAAUAUUCAGAGCAUGAUCAUAUUCAGCUACGAGAAUAACUUUACGAGGCCAGAGAGACAAGAGGGUUUUAGUUUAAGCUUGAAGUUCAUACUGACAGACACAAAGGAAAAGUGACUGUGCAUAAAGAUGGACGAUGCAUCUCCACCUUCUCCUGUUAGACAAAAGUGAGGCCAACCCCUUCUUGACUGGUGCUGACAUCCUGAGAUUCAGAACCAGAGUCUGAGCAGCUCUCCAUGCUGCAUAUUGACACCCUUUCUGUUAACUGAAAGGCUGAUUAAACUCACCAAUAAAGUAGUAACAACCUCAUAGGUCAGCUCAGUCCAUGGCAGAACAGAUUCUUAUAUUAGUGGCAGAUUCUCACGGUUAUAAGAGGUUCGGUGACUCUUGUUUUAUUGUUACAUUUUGUCUCACCGUUCCUCCUCUACUCUAAAAGUACAGUAAAAAUCCUUCAAGAGCUCACAUUUGUAGACAGAGCUAUCAAUCAUUGCAGUACAUAUUUUUUUAGCUACUACUUAAAACUAAACCUAUCAGAAAAAGAAACAUUUGGACAUAAAUCAGUGUGAUAAGAAUUCACUAUAACCACAGAAACCGCAUUUUAGAAAAAUAUACUUAACGUGUAAUUCGAUUUUAAAGUUUUACCCAUGUCCCAUCUGUUAACAUGGAGGAGGCAGGCUUUACUGCAGGCAGGCAGUAGGGGGAGCUUCAAGUGUUCUGGCUUCACUUUUGGGAAGCUGUCGUGUCAUCCAUCUUUUUAUGCAGUCUAUACACAGAUAUAUGAGUGAAGAGGCCCUGCACACAGUUCUCUAUAGGUUAGGUUGGUAGUUUAUAGGAAGAUAUGACUCGAUGUCCUCAUCUUAUUCAUAAAAAGUAGAGUUUAAUCCCAGAUUAAUCCAAGAAAGAACAAAAACUGGAAGUUAUUUUGACAUUUCUUUUUGCAAUUUAUGAAACAAAUGUCUGUGGUUCUUUUAGGGUUUGUGGACGGCCAUAAGAGUAUGUUUAGUAUUUACAUGUCACACACCAUAACUAUAAUUACUUGAACUUUCAUAUGCACAGAGCUGUUGCUGCAUGUAAACACAGUCAAUGCUGACUGCUGGUUCAGAAAAUGUUUACUGUUCCUCAAGAGGUGCCAGUUCAUUGUAAUCUCUCCCACGAGUUGUUACUCUUAAGGUUACUCAGUUACAAACCAAUUACAAGAGUUGCACCAUAGAAAAGCUAUUUUACCGUACAAAGGAAAAAGGAUGUAUAUUUUCAGACUGCAGAUUUUUUUUACGGAUGUUAUUAGCAUAAUAUAAACAUAUUGUUUUGCAUAGUGUUAAAAUAAUUAAGGAUCUUGCUCUCAAAUACAUUUCCACAUUUCCGCAAAAGAAAUAAGAGCAAGAUGUAUAAAUCAUUAAAAAAAAGGAUAAAAUAUUGCAUUAAAAUUUUAAAAUUCAGUGGUUACAGUAGCUGGACUUCACUGUCUGUACAAAGCAGCACAGCUACACAUGAACACGUGUAUCAACAACUUCUUGGUCAAAGUGUAACCAGCGUCUGAGAACAAGUCAUCCACCGUCGGCACAGAUUUCUCUCCUUGUGUGUUUGAGUGUCUUCUUGUUCAACUCAUCUGUUCAACACGUACUGGAAAACCGUCACGGAGAGAAAGGGAGAAUAAGUGUGUAGAGGUGAAGGAGGAGGAGGAGUAAAUCUGUGGCAGCAGAAACAGAAGACAACAGAAUUCUGUUUCCCUAAUCUGCUGCCUUGCACUCGGCUCUUUACUGGACACCCUGUCCGGUAACGGCUGUCCAGCUGUGGACAGUGUUUUUGACAUGAGCGAGGAGGACCUCAAGAGGACAUGAUUUUGAUGCUCAUGAUUGACGAUGAUUGCAGCUAAUGUGAAAUGGCUCUUGAGAAUAAAGAUGGUUUUGAGAGA